ACCUUCCUGUCCCUCCCCAUCGAACUCCGAAUAAUAAUCUACAAACUUCACCUACCUGCAACCGCCAAUAUAACCCUCUGCUCACAUCCCCACACCCCGAAAGCAGAUCUAGGCACCAGCAUCUUGUACACCUGUCGACAAAUCUAUCUCGAAGCCUCUCAAUACGCUUACGGAGACCGCCUUUUCAAAUACAGAUGCCCAUCUGGGAUAUGCACUCGCAACCUCACACUCAACGACAGCAAGUUCCUGCAACACCUGACAAAUUCUGCAGUCGACAAAAUCCAAAGACUAGAAUUGGCAGUCCACAUCGACUGC